AUAAAUACACCGUCAGAGGCCAGAGGCUCUUCAUUCUCCAACUGUACAACACCACAACUGGUGCACCAAAGACUAAGCAACAUGGCUCCUUCACUUUUGUCCACAGCCGCAGGCCUUCUUUGGCUAUUCUCCCUCUCCUCUGCACAGAUGAGGGGAGACUAUUCCCAGGACUGCACACCAAGGGACGGCUUUGGCAAGUACUGCCCGACGACAUGUGGCGUGGCUGACUACCUCAACAAGUACAAGCCGGUGGUGGACAAGGACCUUGAUGAAAUGGAGGACAUCCUGGAUAGAAUAACCAACCUUACCACGGGAGCCACAGAGAAAGUCACCUAUAUGAAGGAUUCGGCAACACAACAUCAGAAGUCUGGUGGAGACGUCCACUAUAAAAGGUCAGCCAGCAUACUGGAUGAUGUCCUGCGCUUUGAGAAGACCAUCGUCUCACAGGAGGAGCAAAUAUAUCAACUCCAGGGGAUACUGGAAUCCAACAAGAAGAGGAUGUUAGACCUCAAACAGAUGUCCAUUCAGCUGGAUCAGAAAUGCAAAGAUCCCUGCAAGGAUACUGUGGAAAUCAAACCCACCACAGGGAAAGAUUGCCAGGAUAUUGCCAACAAGGGUGCCAAAACCAGCGGUCUGUACUACGUGAAGCCACUGAAGGCUAAGGAGGAGUUCCUGGUCUACUGCGAGAUUGACAGCUUCGGCCGCGGCUUUACCGUCCUGCAGAGGCGACGUGAUGGCAGCGUGGACUUCAACAAGGACUGGGUCCAGUAUAAGGAGGGCUUCGGCUACCUGAGCCCAGAUGACACCACCGAGUUCUGGCUGGGCAACGAGAAGAUGCACCUGCUCUCCACCCAGUCCUCCAUCCCAUACGUGCUGAGGAUCGAGCUCACCGACUGGGUGGGCAACAAGAAGCAUGCCGACUACGCCAUGUUCAAAGUGGGGCCGGAAGUCGACAUGUACCGCCUGACCUACGCCUACUACUUUGGCGGUGACGCGGGGGAUGCGUUCGACGGCUUUGACUUCGGAGAUGACCCCAGCGACAAGUUCUACACGUCUCACAACGGCAUGCAGUUUAGUACCAGCGACAAGGACAACGACAAGUUCCAGGGUAACUGUGCUAUGCAGGACGGCUCUGGUUGGUGGAUGAACCGGUGCCACGCCGCCCACCUCAACGGGAAAUAUUACCAGGGUGGGAAGUACACGGAGAAGGACGCCGGCGAGUCAGGCUACGACAAUGGCAUCAUCUGGGCCACGUGGCACAGCCGCUGGUACUCCAUGAAGGAGACUACCAUGAAGAUCAUCCCCACCAACAGGAUCACGGCGGGGGACGGACAGCAGACCGGAGGGGUCAAACAGUUUGGAGGCCUGUAAACACUACUGAAACAAAUACUGCAAUAUUGCCUAAGCUAGAACUUUUCCGGACACAGAUUAAGCCAAAUCCUAAGAAGCACAUGGGGAGUCUAUCAAACAUGUAGAAUGUGUCUGGGAAAAUGGCCCUAUGUCUUGUUGUAUCUAGUGUUUUAUUGGUUCGAUCAAUGUAGUUUUUUUGUCCUCUUGCCUAAAAUAUUGUCUAUGAUCAAAUCGCUGUUGUUGGACCUUGGAAGAUUGGUUUGAAUUGUUCUAUUUAGCACCUUCUGUUAGAACAAACUUUAUCUAGUGUCUAUCUGGUUGGUGUAAUCAAUUAAUAAAUGUUGUAUUUUUUCUAAAUAUA